UCAGCACUGACAUGGCGAAAAAGAAAUCAAUUAUAGACUUUAAAUUUAUCCAUUUUUUUUUGCUUUAAAUAGCGAAUAUAUCUACAAUUUUUAUUUAUUUCGGUAACUUAGUACUUCCCAAAGUCAUGGCUUGGCGGAGUUUGAGCGAAUUGAACGAAGACAUGGUUAAAAAUUUCAAACAAAUGUCGAUAGUUUCGAGCAAGGAUGUCGAGAAUGCUUUUCUAAAUGUGCCUCGAGCUGCUUUCUUGCCGGAGUAUCUUCACGACGAAGCUUAUGCGGAUUAUCCAGUGCGAGGAGAUGACCAUUUGCACAUGAGUGCGCCCCACAUGUACGCCACUGUCUUAGAAGCGUUAGAUUUAAAAGAAGGUUUGUACUUUGUAAACCAUAAACUAAUAAACUAUUAUCUGUUGUAAUAGCAGAUUUCAGUUUUUUAAUAUUGUUAUAUAAUUUGUAUACUAUGUAGUAAACAUUAUUGUAGCAUUUUUAAAAGGGAAAUUAUUAUUAUUGUCCAACUUUUAUCCCUCAUAAACAACGUUAAAUUUAACAAAACAUGUUUUUGUGACAUGUUUAUACUUUCAUAUAAAUUGCUAUUAAAGGUUUCAAAUUUAAAUAUUGGGUCAAUGUAUUAUCAUGUCAUUUAUACAAGUCUUUAUAUAUGAUAAUAUUGUUGUAUUCUUUCAUAGAUUGAUAUUGACAUAUAUAUCAUGUUUUGAUAAAACAAGUGAAAGUCUGGCCUGUUUGAUAUAUUUCAGUGAAUUUAAUUCGAAGUACUGUAUUUGAAUGAAUGAAAAUACGUAACAGUAGUGUGUUGACUUGUAUGAUGCAAUUAUAUUCAUCUGAUGAGUCGUGAAUUAAGUUCGUAGACAUUUUGUCUGUCAUGUUCUUAUGCUCCUAUCAUCGGUUCUUAUGCUCCUAUGCUAUUAGAAACCUGAAACAAAACUUCAUAAUUCCCCGUAGAUCCCGGGUGGACAAUCUGCUCAAAUACCCUAUAAUCUCCCUGCUUCCCCUUGGAACGUCCCAGGGUUGUACCGCCAGGGAUGGCUGAUGAUAGCAGAUAGGAGCAUUAAAGGUAAAAUGUCUGUAGCAUCACUAGCAUCUUCAUUUCAUAUGACAUUGUACUGUCAUGUUGAGUUAUUAACAGUUGAUUUCACAUAACUUUUCCCUAAAUAUUGUGUGCUUCGUUUCAAACUUUGUUGUGAAGUUCAAAAGUUCAUAGUAAAAUUCACAAGCCGGUUUGUAAACAAAGCAUUUGAUUGGCUUAUUUUUGUUCAGGGGCCAAUCAGAGGCUUUGUUCAGACCUGCCAACCCUUGAGUAGCAGAAAUAGUGAGUUGCUAUCUAAAAAGUCGUGAGGUUGACUGAAAAAUCGUGAGACUUAGGAAUUUUCAGGUUUGCUCAUUAAUAUCACCAGGGUUAACUUUAACAACACUAGAAAAUAUAAAAUAAUCAAUAGAUAUUCAAUCUUAUGAUAGUAUGCACUUAUAUUUUGUUAAUAUAACCGUAAAUGCAAGGCUUAUUAAAAAUAGGCUGUUUUUUCUUUAUGGCUUUAGUGGCUUCCAGUGUCAGUACGAAUUCCUUGGAAAUAUAACGCAAUAUCUGUACAAAAACAAGAAAGCUACAAGUAAUAUUAAGACUAGCAGGACAAUAAACUUAGCAGGACACGCCUUUUACUUUGUAACACAAACAUGCUGCAUACAAAAUUCUGGCGUUGUACAUUGCUCGUGAGAUUUGGGGACUUAAUCGUGAGACUUGGAAGGUCUGCUUUGUUUACAAACCAGAUUGUGAAUUUCAGUAUGAACUUUUGAACUUCACAACGAAGUUUGGAAUGAAGUAUGCAAUAUUUAGGGAAAAGUUAUGUAAAAUCAACUGUAAAAGCAUAUUUUAUGUUAGACCUGAACAAGCUUUUGUUGGUAGGGUUGCAACUACAUGAAUUUUAAUAUAAGGAGAAUUUUGAUGUUUCGAGCGAAGGCCCUUUGUCUGGAGUUACUACUUUGUGUCAGAUCCCAUAAUUUGUGUUUCAUUGUAAGACCAUGGGAAUUAUGAAAGUCGUAGAUUUGUGUCCACCGCCCACAUACCUCGAAAGCUACCUAUUAUUUACAAAUUUUCGCUUCAUUUUCACAAAUAAAGUGAAACUCAAAUUCCUGGCAUUGAAUAGAAAUGAAAUGAACAUUUUGCAAUAUGUUUGUCCUCAGUCCCCACAUUCUUGUGAAAAGGCGAAAUUGGCACACAGAUUUCAGUGAUGUUACCGUGUGAGCUUAUCAGUGAUAUAUGUAAUUCCACGGCGUGAAUGGUAAUUUGUAUUUUUACCUUGUAUAUUUACUGCAAAAACAAUGGUAAAAAAUAAUGAGUAAUGAAAAAAGCUGCAUGCUUUUUCAAAAUUAUCUGGAUGCAAAUCUAUGACUUUCAUUCCCAUCAUUCCCAUGGGCAAAUCCAUGAUGGCUUGUCAUGAGCUGAAUGUGUUGUUUGGAAUUAAAACAAUCAACAAAUUUAGUAUUGAAGGAGGGAUUACUAUUAUUUAAAUUAAAUAAUAAUCCCUCCUUCAAUACUAAAUUUGUUGAUUGGUCGAAUUUAAAAUGGUUUAGACUCAACUAACAAUUAUUGUUGCAUUUGCCAAAAUAGGUUGUUCCAUUAAAGAUAUACACUCCCCACAUUACUGCUGUUUCAAGGGGAGGGGGGAGAAAAUGUUUUCCCAAUAUGUAUUAGGAUAUCUGGGUAAGUGAGGGGGAGGAUAGGGGUUAACUUCCAAUUUCCUCUAUGGGAAAGGUAUGGAUGUUUUCUGGAAUGACCCUUAUCUUACAAAAUAACUGUGAAACAAAUCAAAACAUAAAUAUUUUUGUUGGUCUGGUGAAGCCACCUGAAUUUCUAACAAAACUUAAAAUUGACUGUUUUCACCUUCGGGCCAAAUUCAAUGGGCGCAAUCAACCUAAUGGAUUAAUUAGACACAUGGGCAGUCAGCACUCUUGACAAGUAAAAUCAUCUGGCAUUAGACAGAGUGAAAUAAUAAAGUAGGGCACAAUGGAACUUAAUUGAAAAAACACUUCUAAUUUUGUCCUGAAAUAGGUCUAAUUCAUCAAUUAAAAUUGUCUUGGAUAAAUAACACAGUAUUUAUUAAAGAACAAGACAGUCUUUACACUCUGUUCAGACCUAAACAAACAUAAAGUGAGCAAGGAACAAAAAAAUUAAACCUGUUUGUGGAAAAAAGAGGGUUGUUUGGGAAACCGGAAUCACAGAAUAUAUUUUUAGUGUUUAUGUGUGGAAACUCAUCAGAAGUAAUUUUUCAUUCUGUUAAAUAAUAGGGAUGUCAUUUCUAAACAUUGGCAGUGGGACCGGAUACUUCUCCAUGUUAGUUGGGUAUAUAGUUGGUAGCCAAGGCACCAAUCAUGGUGUUGAAUUGAGAGCAAACCUUGUGGAACAUGCCAACGAGUGUUGCGAAGAGUUCUUUAUGUACUUUCCAAAAAUGAAGAAACAGAUAUGUUACCCACAAUUCAUUGCUGGCAACUGUUUCCAUGUCGAUCCAACAGCACAUAAGUAUGAUCGGCUAUACUGUGGGGCGGCAUGCCCUCGGGAAAGGUUUGAGUUCUUGUUGGAGCUCAUUAAGCCUGGAGGCCUCAUUGUGGUACCUAGUGGCAAUAAGGUAGGUGGCUUGUAUUGUUGUAUAUGUAUUUGCCAGGGUAAAGUGAGAAAGUAGUCUAGUGGUGAUCGCCAUUGAGUGCCAAUGCUCUCCCCUUAACGAGAAAAAUAAUCUGGCAUUGGUCAGAAUUAAAUAAUAAAAUAAGUUCACGUUGUUUAUGUCCAGAAAGACGCAAGCACAAAAUUGCCUAGAUAGCUUGCGCGCGCUCUAUCAUGUAAUUCCUCCAUCCCUGACUGAUGACUUGUAGAAUUCCAAUCAAACUUCAACUUACCAGGUAAGUCUCAUUUAAUUUUUAAUUUUAUGGGUUAACCCACUGAGUGGCAGCACUCUCCCCCUGACAAGUAAAAUUGUCUGGCAUUAGAAAGAGUAAAAUAACAAAAUAGGGCGCAUCUUGGUGCAUUGCCACUUAAAAGGUAAAUGUCCAAUAUUUCCCUCUAGACUAGAGGUAUGCAUCAGAUUGGAUUGGAGGUUUAAACGGAAGCACCGGGAGCCUUUAGUUUUCAUAGCAGCUCUGGUAAUCGAAGUCUGAUCCGACUACGAAAAUACUUUUCUGAUCCGAAGUGAAUAUUAUGGUUCCGAAAUCCAAAUGAAUCCGGAUUUGGAUUGGUUUCAGAUCAGUUUCGGGUUGGAUUGGCACAUCUCUACUCUAGACAAUUGAAAAUUAACAUUGUUUUGUCAUUAAUUUUAGUUGCUGAAAUUGGAGCGCCUUAUUCAAACUGGUGUUAAUGAAAAUGUUGUAAGUGAUGUGUGUUUUGAGUCACUUGUACUGCCUGUGGACGAUGAACAUUUUCCCAAACUACGAUUUGCCUCCUUUAAACAAAAGGCAAAGAAGGUAGGUUCAACCUGAUUGAGUGAACAUUGAAGUUUUGGGCAUCUUGCUUGAUAGAACUUUUAAAAAAUUCUGUUCUAUUGAGUGGAAUACCCAAAGUGUUCAAUAUUGCAGGGGAGCUGCAGGUAUAAUUCUUGUUGGAAGGCCUACAACUCUAAAAUAUGGGGAAAAAAUUCUUGUACACAAGAUUGUAACCCUUUUCGUAAAGAAUACAAAUUAUGUAUUUGCCCCUGCAUAUGUUUUACAAACAGUAACUUAUUGCUAUUAAAUUGAAUCUGAGUACUUUCACAAACCCAGAAAAAUUUCUGCAGUUUUGCUCUAUUGCAGUACUUAUAAACAUGCUGUACUUCUAAGACCCUGAGUAAAAAAAUUCAAAAAAUAUCAACCAUUUGGUUAGCCUUACAGUAUGUACAGUACCAUUACUGGCAUUUUUGUAUUAAGAAUUUUUCAAUAACUUUAGAUAAAGAUAUAUCCUCCGCCUGGUCUACUUAUUCCCAAGACUUCAGCAAGAAAAUCUUUAUCAAGACUGAGAGCUUUACAAGAUGUUGUAG